CUCCAGCUGACCUUCCGACCUUGUUGGAAAAUAGGGGUGAUAUACGAUUUUUGGACUAAGCGGGAAGAACAUUCUCCUGGUUGAGUUCUUCUGGCUGUUCGAAAGUGGCAGAGGCAGAGAUUUUGAAAGUGAACAUAAAGAGUGACCUCGUUAGUGGGUGACAAAUGAGAGUGUAUCCUGCUCCUAGUUGUACGUGUGAAGGAAACGGACCACUUGUUGAAUUUAGUGGUUUGCUUUCCGUUUCCGUUAGGCCACAGUAGUUUACCACUUCGUUUAGCUGGAUGGUUGUUUGCCCUUAGCCAACUUUGCUAAAAAGGCACAUUUUAUUUGAUGGUGACACUUUUCCUGAUCCUGUAAAAAAAAAGUUCACGCCAGGCGAAAAGUGCGAGACACUGAAAAGGGUAUAUAAAGUACAAUCUCUUAUCCGGGAGAAGAACAUAGGCAAAAGUGAAAAAGAUAUUUUUUUCUUGGUGAGGUGAAGUGGAUAGCAGUGUAGUUCAAAACGCAAAGAAGACAACCUGAGCGACAUAAAUCAGCCAGCCAUUAACGAAUUAAGUGACUAAUUAGAUAAUUUCGACUGCAGCUGCACCGAGAAAGACUCUCAUCGGAAAUGCUUCGUUGAACCUACAUUGAUUUGCAACCGGGAAUCAUCCCGAAGCUAAAAGGACAAGAAAAUCAGGAAAAAGGUCACCGGAAGAAUGGUGUGCGGCGUUGGUUGGAAAAUUAACGGCAGAUAAUUUAAAGAAUAAAUAUAUAUUUAAAGUGUAAGUGACUCAAAAUUAUCGAACAUUUAAAAAUAUUGUUAAUCGCAAAAGAAAACUAGUGAAUUGAACCAAAGAUGAGAUCUGACCUGACAGAUGACAAAAAUAUCCUGCAAAUUGCUGCAGCGGAAAUUGCCGAAUCUUCCGACACAAGUGGAUUCUUCGAAAUCACCAGCAAUGGAUCGAAUGGACAAAGCGGUCAUCGGUCAGAUGAUUUGCUACACCUACCCGUCGAAGAUUACCUGAGCUACCCGAGAGCGACCUCAAGACCAAAGCGAUCCGCACGGCGGCUUCAAACGGAAUCCGCCCUCGAUCCGGACAUGAGCGAUUCCAGCUCGCAAAGUGACGACACCAGUUGCGGUAGUGGCAGUCGUGCUGGUAGCCGCGGUGGCAGCAGCAGUCGGAAUGCCUCAUUGCAGAAUCACCAGCAAGCCGCAGCUGCCGCACGGCGCCGAAAGGGUGCUUUGAAUGCCAAAGAGCGCAACCUGCGGCGGCUAGAAUCCAAUGAACGGGAACGUAUGCGUAUGCACAGCCUUAACGAUGCAUUUCAGUCAUUGAGAGAAGUAAUACCGCACGUUAAGAAAGAACGACGUCUGUCCAAGAUUGAAACGCUCACGUUAGCUAAGAACUACAUCACAGCUCUCACCGACGUUAUCAUUGUAAUGCGCGGCGAAGAGGGCGCUGCUGGUGUUUCGACGAAAACAAAAACAACAACCGCUGUGGUAGCAUUAACACCAACAGCAGUCCCAAUAGCAGCAGCAAACACAGUGCAGAAUCAUUGCAUCGUGAAGGCGGAAGCUGAUUCUCAGCAACAGCGUCAUCAGCACCAUCCCGAUCAAAUUUCGUCCACCAUAUCCGUGCUUGACGUACUGAGCAGCAGUGGUAUCAAUCAACAGAACCAUCACCAUCCUAUCAGCCUCAUCAGUGGUAGUGACGCCCACCAUCACCACAAUAACAACAACAAUAACCUCAGUAUCGCCAAUUUCAACAACAACAACAGCAUCAACCAUAACAACAACAACAAUAGUGCAAGUAGUAUAGACAUUGAAAACAGCUUCUACGAGGAUCCAUUUCAAAUGAUGUAA